AUGAGACUUAGCAGUAGCGACCUCUUGGGGGCCAGAACAGCUGCUAACGUUGCAUGCCUCUCUCCUUGGCACCAGAGAGGUGGGGAAGAGCGACUGCUUGAGAAGGAAGAGGAGGAAGAGGAGGAAGAUGAAGGUGAUGAAGACAAUGUGUCUGAAGGCUCCGAGGUACCAGAGGGUGACCGUCCUGCAGGUGCCCAGCACCAUCAGCUUAAUGGCGAGAGGGGCCCUCAGAGUGCCAAGGAGAGGGUCAAGGAGUGGACACCCUGUGGACCCCACCAGGGCCAGGAUGAAGGGCGAGGGCCAGCGCCAGGCAGUGGCACCCGCCAGGUGUUCUCCAUGGCAGCCUUGAAUAAGGAAGGGGGAUCAGCCUCUGCUGCCACUGGGCCAGACUCCCCGUCCCCCGUGCCUUUGCCCCCAGGAAAACCAGCCCUGCCUGGGGCCGAUGGAACCCCCUUUGGUUGUCCUUCUGGGCGCAAAGAGAAGCCAGCUGACCCUGUGGAAUGGACAGUGAUGGACGUGGUAGAAUAUUUCACAGAGGCUGGCUUCCCCGAGCAGGCAACAGCUUUCCAAGAACAGGAAAUAGAUGGCAAGUCUCUCCUGCUCAUGCAGCGGACAGAUGUGCUAACUGGCCUGUCCAUCCGUCUUGGCCCAGCCCUGAAAAUCUAUGAGCACCACAUCAAGGUGCUCCAGCAAGGCCACUUUGAGGAUGAUGACCCUGAUGGCUUUCUAGGCUGAGCACCCAGCCUCACUCCUGCCCCAACCCAUUCCAUCCCCAUCUCACCCAAGUCCCCUGGAGUCCAGGAGCUGGACCAGGGACACUCUCAGCCCUCAUAACAGAUUCCAAUGAGGGACACCCUUCCCUACUCAUCUCUUCCCUAUGUCUCCCCAAUACACACAUCUGGCCUCCAGCACAUCCCAAACUUCCUGAUGGAGGAGUGUGGUGUGGAUAGGGCCUGCUCAUUUCACCCCAGGAGGCCAAACCGCCCCCCUUCGUCCCCAACCUAGGACAUUUUGGGGGGGAAAAGAAAGAAAUGGGGUCUUCCCAUCUCCCCUAGAUCUUUAGUUCAGCCAGAUGUUUCCUAUAUAAAUGAUUUGUUCUGCCUGUUUAUUUUGGUGGGUGGCCUUUCUUCCCUCCCCCACCAACCAGGCCCCUCCUUGGUCUGCCCCCAGCCUCCAUCCCCUGAAAACAGAUGGGGUGAGAUCAGUGGGCCUUCCCUACGCUUCCCCUUUCCAUUGGUUGUCGCUCCAGCUAGCUGUAUUGCUUUUUAAUAUUGCACCGAAGGUUUUUUAAAUAAAGUUUUAAAAAAAAAAAAGAAAAGAAAAAAAA